AUGGCCGCGCUGUCGUCGUCCACGUGCGUGACCGUCACGCCGGUGCCGGCGCUGUCCGACAACUACAUGUAUCUCCUCGUCGACGAGCAGACGAAGCUGGCCGCCGUCGUCGACCCCGUGGACGCGCGCGCCAUGGCGUCCGCCGCCGCGGCCGCCGGCGCGACGAUCGCGAUGGUCCUGACGACGCACGGCCACUGGGACCACGCGGGCGGCAACGCGGAGCUCGCGGCGUCGCGCCCGGGCCUCGCGGUCUACGGCGGGCGCGGCGACGCCGUCGCCGCGUGCACGCGCGAGGUCUGGGACGGCGACGAGAUCGCGCUGGGCGCGUCGACGAUCCGCGUGCUGUCGACGCCCUGCCACACGCAGGGCCACGUCUGCUUCGUCGUCGACGGCAACGUCUUCACGGGCGACACGAUGUUCGUCAGCGGCUGCGGCAACUUCAACGGCGGCUCGCCGCGGCAGAUGCUCGACGCCUUCGACAAGCUCCUCGCGCUCCCCGACGACACGCUCGUCUGGUGCGGCCACGAAUACACGCGCAAGAACUGCUGCUUCGCCGCCUACGCGGAGCCGGACAACGACGAGAUCCGGCGGCGCCUCGACUGGGCGAAGGAGGCCGGGUCGCUCCACGGCGGCGGCAGGGGCACGGUGCCGACGACGAUCGGCGCCGAGCGCGCCUGCAACCCCUUCGCGCGCGUCGACGCGCCGGCCAUCGCGGCCUUCUGCCCGCGCGCGGGCGACGACCGCGCGGAGCGCAUGCGCCUCGUCCGCAAGGGCAAGGACGACUGGGGCCGCAUGCGCUAG